AUGGCCAAAGCAAAGAAAGCCACCAUCAAAUUUCAAAAGAAUAAGCUCAAGCAGACGGUAGAGCGACGGAAGAAAAAUACCAAAUUCAAGCAGCAAGUAGCUCGCCGUCAAGCUCGACGCAAUCGCGGCCCAGACAAAACCGCAGCAUCAGCUGAACCAAAGGGAGAGACAGCAGAACAAAAGGACUCUGAAGAAACAACCGAUGACCAAGGCGACGUGAGCGCCUUUUUCGCAGGCUAUGUGCUCGAUCCCGAAGAAUCGCUCGAUCUCAACAACGAUAUAGAAGCCGAUUUAAAUGCUUUGGAUCAGUUUACUGCGGUUGUCGAUGACGAGAUUAUGGAGACCGAUGAAGUGAAAGCAGAGACUAACGAUGCUCAACCGGAAUCGGAGGACGAUGAGGAGGAAGACGACGAGGAUAUGGAGGAGGAAGAGGAGGAACUAAUGGAAAGCAAUGACGAACUCGAGGACGAUGAGAGUGAAGAAGACGACGACGCUAAUGGGGAAAUCGUGACGAUGGACAUGUUCCGAAAUUGGUCUCGUGAAGCUGAUCAAAAAUCACCUCAAGCGUUGAAGAGACUUUUGUUGGCGUUUAGAGCGAUUGCCAGAUCAGAUGAGGAUAUUGAAGAACCAUCUCAACAUAUCGUGUUGUCGAAAAAACAUAACCAUCCGAGCAAAACGAAAUACUGGCCAAAAAUUGCACCUGUGGUGGAGCUUUAUCUGAAUAAUGCCACACGUCUCUUGAAAGACUUCGACCAGGACGACAUGAUCCAGUGGGCUGUGAGUCACUUGCAACCGCUUGCCACGUACUUUGGAUAUUUCCAAAAGGCGUCAACAGAAUACCUGCGUGUCUUGCUGGAUCGUUGGGCCGACACAACGUUGUCUUCCGAAACACGUCAAAAGGUAUACCAGACGAUUCGUGACUUUGCUGCUACGGCCAUCGAUGCGGAAAAAAAGAGCUACCUCGGUCAUGUGCUGAAAGGCUCUUACCUCGUGUUCGCGCGACGGGCGGUCAAGAUCAAUGCGGCCAGCUUACCGGUCGUUCAGCAAAUGUUGGAGGAAGCCGCCGACUUUUACACCAUCGACACCAAGAACAGUGCCGUGCAUGCUCAGGUGUAUGUCCGUCAACUCGCGACCCAUCUGAAGAAUGCGAAAAAGGCAUCUACCAUCGACAGUUUCAAGGCGAUUUAUACCUGGCAAUUUAUCAAUUGUCUUGAAUUCUGGGGCAAUGUUUUAAGCGUUACAUGCGAUCCUGUUUCUGGUGCUCAGUCACCGAUGCAGGCCAUUGUGUAUCCGUUGAUCGAAGUGGCACUGCACACAUUGAGACUGAAUCCCACUGCUCAAUUUUUACCUUUACGCAUUCACAUUCUCAAGAUGUUGACAAAUAUCAUUGAUGCCACCGGUUACUAUAUUCCAUUGGCUCCUCAUCUUUUCGAGAUCUUCGGAAACGAUAUCUUCAAGAGCCAGCCUGAUGUCGCGUCCCUCGAACCGUUUGACUGGGAUUUGCACUUGAAGACCCCGAAAGAGUACAUGCAUACCAAAGUGUACCAAGAUGCGGUAUUCAAGGCCGUUUACGAUGGUCUGGUUGAUUUCUAUGCCUGUUUUGGUUUAUCCGUUGCGUUCCCGGAACUAGCCAUUCCCGCCAUUGACAAGGUAACCUAUUCACGCGGAGAAUGUUCGAAGAAAGUACGAUAUUGA